AUGGCGGUGCCGGAUGCGCCAGAGUGUGGCUCGGAUGGCGAGGAGGAGGAGGAGGAGGAGGAGGAUAGCCAGGAGGAGGAGGGCGACACUUCGGAGGAGAGCUCGGGCGAGGCGCCUCCCCUGAACUGUGCUGACCGUGCGUCGCGCACCACGGCGGGCAAGAGUUCGAUCUGCCGCGAGGGGAAGGACAAGGAGGACGACCAGGCGUUCUGGGGCCACGCCGACUUCCAGGACGCGUCCUCCGACAGCGACGUCGAGUUUGCGGACGAGGCCCUGGAGGAGGAGGGCGACUCCUCCGACUCCGACUUCGACGCCGAGGAGGAGAACCAGGAGCAGGGCGCGCGGAGGGGGGAGGACGCCGCGGCCGAGCCCGAGGAGAGGGAGAGGAAGAAGACGCCGGUGCGGCCGUUCGCGCGGCUGCGACCCGGCGGUAGAGGCAACCGGCAGCCGCCUGUGCGGCCGGGCGGCGCCGCUGGGCGCGGGCGCGGGCGUGGGCGCGGGCGUGGGCGCGGGCGCGGGCGCGCCCCGCCGCCUCCGUCGGACCGCGCGAUUCGCGAGUCGACCCUGCGCAGGCGGGGCGAGACCGAGGCGCGCGUGCGGGAGGCCGCGAAGGUCGAAGAGCCCGGGAGGGCGCGGAAGCAGCCCCGGGUUGCUCGGCUGACGCAGCAGGAGAGGCUCGACGAGGCCGCUCGCACGGAGGCCAAGAACCUGCAGGAGCUCCAGGUCUUGCAGGGCAAGGAGGAGGACCUGCGUCAGCAGGCGCGGGGCCGCCGCCAGAGGAGGAAGCGCGAGGGCGCUCUUGUGCGCCUGGUGUCGCGGCUGGCCACUGGUGCGGAGGAGUGCAGCGGAUCUCUGAUCGGGGGUCGCGCAGGAGUUGUGAGCUACAUCCAGUUUGUCGGGUGCGACCCUCAGGCGCUGCUGCGAGAGCGCGGUGGAUAG